AGAAAAACAAUUUUCUAGAAAAAAUCUCAGGAAAAAUCAAGAUUUACCGAUCUUCAACUAUUCCGGAGUUUAAAUCAAGCUAUGAGCAUCUACUCUGCAGCAGGUUCAUCCUCUUCGUUUGAGAGUUCAGGGCUCUAUUCAGAAUGGCAAUACAAGGUGACUGAACGGGCUGUAUUGGUGAAAACUAUUGAAGUUUUUGAUGAGAAUAUUCAAACUUUCCUUUCCUCUCUUCCUUCUGAGGUUGAGGAUGCUAGACAGACUAAGGAGGAAGAAACCCUAACUAAUAACAGGAGACAACUUGGAUAUUUUAUUGGCGUAACAAUUGGCUGGGUCUUGGGAAUUUUGGCUGAGUUAAAUGGACAAGAUUUGAAAACUAUUCCUGUUCCUGAUUGGUUGUUUCACGCAGGGACUGCUUUCUAUGGGUACGGGUUUUCCGGGUACUACCUGCUGGAGGGUCAACUGGAUGACCCGGAUCCAGGUUGCGGAGUUCCAGAUCUAACCUCUACACUAGACAGGUUUCCCGCCUUAUCUCAGCUCCCUGGUACAUAUUCAAACCUAGCGGCACAAGAUGGAACUAGGGAUCCGUAUCAAAUCUUGCAACCAAAACAUCUUCCAGCGAUGCUGCAAUUCCAAUUAAAGAUUUUACUUGAAGAGCUAAGAGUUUCACUGUCCUGUAUCUCUAGUUCAUUAGAAUCCGUGUUCAGUAAACUUAACAGUUUAGUACAGAAAAGAUUGAGCUUAACCCAAGAUCUUCUGGAUAUACUUCACCAAGAAUCUAAGAUUGCCACCUCUCUUGGAUAUUCAUCUAUUUAAGAUUGCCACCUCUCUUGGAUAUUCAUCUAUUUAAGAUUGCCACCUCUCUUGAAUAUUCAUUUAUUUAAGAUUGCCACCUCUCUUGUAUAUUCAUCUAUUUAAGAUUGCCACCUCUCUUGGAUAUUCAUUUAUUUAAGAUUGCCACCUCUCUUGUAUAUUCAUCUAUUUAAGAUCGCCACCUCUCUUGGAUAUUCAUCUAUUUAACAUUGCCACCUCUCUUGUAUAUUCAUCUAUUUAGAUUUGCCACCUCUUUCGGAUUUAUGUUUGUCUAUUGCCAAUUCGCUAGAACAUUUAAGAACCUAUAAAGUUAUUAAAAAGUAUGGAUGCAAAAGAUUACGAGCACUUCAUACAUCAAUUCAGUCAUGGUUCUUUGUGCCUCAAAAGUUUGUUUUUAUCAUUUUUGCUAAAAAAAUGCUGGUUUAAUUUCAUUUUCAAUUCCAUAAAUUAAAAAAGGAAUUUUUUUACUUAUUUUUCUUAUAUCUAGCUCUAUUUUAAACAAUAAAUCUAGAGACUUCAACAUCAGACAUUACAAAAAGUGUCUAUUUGUAAUGUCAUAAUGUCUAAAGAAAUGCACUGACGACUAGCCCCAAAAUCUAAACAUACAUUUGUUGGCAAUAAAUUCAAACCAAAUAAUCCUUCUCAUCUCUUGUUAGUGUCCCUGAAACUAUCAAUUCAUGAAUCCACUGUAGUUUAUGAAUGAUUGAGUAUUCAUAUUUAAAGCUUAGAAAAUGUAUGAAUACACUUAAGUUUAUGAAUAAAUGAUUGACUAUGA